CGGGCAUCGGUCCAACCAGGCAUCAAGGUCAAUUUGGCUCAACAGCGGCACCCGCGUCAUCUGGCAAGGCAGUGGGCUCCGACAGUCAACUGUAUGACCCGCGGGCACUGGGUCCUGACAUUGGAUCUUCCUGAACUGGACAGCGGGCAUCGGGGUCAAAGGCAUCAGGUCAUUUGGCUCAACACGCGGCACCGCGUCAUCUGGCAAGGACAUGUGGGCUCCGAGUCAACUGGUAUGACCGCUGGGCACUGGGCAAUCAGACAUAUGGAUCGUCUGACUGACAGCGGGGCCACAUCGGGUCACCAGGCAUCAGGUCAAUUUGGCUCAAACAGCGGGCACCGCGUCAUCUGGCAAGCAGUGGGCUCCGAGUCAACUGGUAUGACCGCGGGCACUGGGUCAGACAUGGAUCGUCUGACUGGACAGCGGGCAUCGGGGUCACCAGGCAUCAUGUUACAUUUGGCUCAACACGCGGGCACCGCGUCAUCUGGCAAGGCAGUGGCUCCCGAGUCAACUGGUAAAACCGCGGGCAACUGGGUCAGCACAUUGGAUCGUCUGACUGGACAGCGGGCAUCGGGUCCACUAGGCAUCAGGUCAAUUGGCUCAACAGCGGGCACCCCGUCAUCUGGCAAGGCAUUGGGCUCCGAAUCAACAGGCACGACAGUGGGCCCGGUCCAGGCAUUUGGAUCGUCUGGCUCGACAGCGGGC